UGUACCACUUCCUCUUUAAAGGAAAGAAAAUCUUGAAGUGACGUCUGUGGGCCUUAGAGAACUACGUAAAAUGGCGAAGAAAACUUAUGAUCUGUUAUUUAAGUUAUUGUUGAUAGGUGACUCAGGUGUUGGGAAAACGUGCAUCCUAUUUAGGUUUUCGGACGAUGCCUUCACAACAACAUUCAUAUCCACUAUAGGUAUUGACUUCAAAAUUAAGACUGUUGAGCUGAGAGGAAAAAAGAUCAAAUUGCAGAUAUGGGACACAGCAGGGCAGGAGAGAUUCCACACCAUAACGACAUCAUAUUAUCGAGGUGCAAUGGGAAUAAUGCUAGUUUAUGAUAUAACAAAUGAGAAGAGUUUUGAGAAUAUAGUGAAGUGGCUUCGAAAUAUUGAUGAACAUGCGAAUGAAGACGUGGAGAAAAUGAUUCUGGGUAAUAAGAGUGAUAUGGAGGACAAACGAGUAGUAAGCAGAGAGCGUGGCGAAGCAAUUGCACGAGAGCAUGGAAUCAGGUUCAUGGAAACAUCAGCAAAAGCAAACAUAAAUAUAGAACGGGCAUUUAAUGAAUUAGCAGAGGCCAUUCUUGAUAAAACUGCUGGUAGAGAUCCAGCGGAGUCAUCGGACAGAGUGAUAGUUCCAGACAGACGGGGAGAAAGAGGCUCCAACAGGUGCUGCUAGGUGUAGCUUAAAAACAAAAUAAAAAUAAAAACAAAAACUCUUAUGCUACCAGGGAUGCAGAGCAGUUUGAUUUGCUGUAUUACAAGCUGUGAUGUAUUGCCAAAGAAUAAAAAUGGGAUUUAAAACUCUUUUUACAAUUCAAAAUAAACCUACCUUUCACUUGUGGGAGCGAUUUUGAAAUGUAAGUGGGGGAAUGAAACUGAUAAAUGUGAAGCAUGGAGCUGUGCGGGAGUAUGUUGAAGUGUUCAGAUGUCGCAAACGUUGGUUACUAAUUACUUGGGGUGUGUGUGUGUGUGUGUGUGUGUGUGUGUGUGUGUGUGUGUGUUUUUUAAUUACUCUUCAGUGCAUCUCUGUAAACACAUUUUCAAUAACACACAGACACUGUGUGGUUUGAGUGGUGUGUAACUUCAUUUAUAAGUAAUGUAAUAAAAAUAAAACCUGAACAAUUUGUAGUGAAUGUAUUUUUUACCUAUUUUCUAGAGUGCUCUUCUCUUUUUCAGACUUAUUUAUUUUUUUUAUUUGAUGUAUGGCAAGCUUUUCUAGUUUUAUAAGACAUUUCAUAUAAAGUUUGAAGUUCUCUGUGAUUUGUUGUAGCCUCUUGUGAGAUUCUGCUGUAAUACAGUAAAUCAAACUUGUCAUUAAGAGUUUGAUUGCUACAAGUUCCUGGCAUUUUGUAGAGUCCAGUUGAACUUGUUGCAUAAUUCUCAUGAACAACACAGUCUCUGUUUAGAUUUUAUAAAGAACCAAGAAAAGGAACCGAAACACCAUGGUGCUAGAAAAUAAGUUUCUCAUAAAUCCCUUGAACGACUGACUUGUGGGGUGUAAGUGAAGUGUACUAUAGAAAGUGAAGUGACACUAGGAGUAUGGUUUUAUGGACAAAGUAUAUGCUCCUUUAUGUGAACAUAUUUUUUGUGUGUGCUGAUACCAUUUAUCGUUGUGUGAUCAUCAGAGUUAAUAAUCUUUUAUAUAAAAUGGUAUUUUCAUGCCUGCUUAUUCAGAAAUUCACUUGGAAACUGAAGAUUGCCAUUAGCACAUUAGAUAAAUACAAAUCUGAUAGUUAACAGUGCAACUGGCAGUUCAUGAACCACCAAAUCGUUGGUCACUGAUAGUGUGUUCAUAAAAUUUUAUGGUUAUGUUGAUCUGCUGGCAUUUUGAUUGUGAUCUCUUACUGUUUACUUAUUCUGUAAGUGAUUUGUUUGCAUUAUAUUCAGAAUCAAUAAGUUAAUUUGGUUUUGAGUUAUUUCUCGAGUUGACAGAUACAGGAAUAUGGUAUAAUAGUUUUAAAACACAUGGUGAAGAAGUAAUUCAUACAUGGAAAAAUUGUCAGCAGCACUGUGAGCAUUUCCAGUACUACGGCUUGUGAGAGCAAUUUCAUGGCAUACUUUGAUUUGCACAUCUCAAAAUGAGAAAAAAAAAAAUCAUAUUCACUUUUUGAAGCCACAUGAGUACAUUACUGUAAGCUUAAAGCGUAUGCUAGUAAAUGUUUGAUGUUUUGAAAUUAUUCACUAGAAAACUAUUUGCAGCGUAUGCAUGAUUGACUGACAAGGGUACUGCUGGUUUUACAUGAUGUUUCACUGUGAAUAAGACAGUACCAGUCUGUGUUACAAGAUUACCCAGAUAACAAAAAAAAUUAUUUUCAAAGGUUUUACAUGGUACCAAUUUUGCAUAUUAUAUACUCUUGGGUUACUAGUAAACAGAAAGUAACCAGCUGGUUCCUAUAAAUGUGUAAUCAUUAUAUGUCUGAUAUAGUGGUUAGAUUCAUUAUAAAGCAACAACAAAUUAUCAAAAUUUUCAUCUACAUAAUUAGCAUAUUGUAAAUUCUUGUUUUAUUUUUAAGAUUAAAAAGUUGUGAUUUGUAAUUGCUGUCUGUGUUGGGUAUCAUUUUUGGCAUGAAUUGACAAGGAUUACUUUCUUUAAAAAAACUGUCAGUUGGAAUAGGCAAGGUAUUUGGAAUAUUACUUGCAUUCUUGAGAGAAUGUUGCUGCUUUUGUUUCCAAAGCAGAUCUAUGCUCUUCAUAUGGAAAAAACUUUUUAAAGUAGAACAUUGUCAGAAACAACUUGUAAAGACAGAAAAUAAAUUGCAGGUUUGUGAUCACAGAGAGGUUUUUUAAGAGGAGAGGAGCAGCGAAGGUUAAAAAUGUAAAUGGAGAAUGAAGACAGUGACAGACGAGAUUUCGUGAAAUUCCUAUCUACAAAAAAUAAAAUGUGUGCGCAUGUAACUUUGCUUCGUGUCAAUAGAAAAUUGGGAGAUAAGUAAUUAUAGAUAACUGACGUUAACUGAUGCAGAUACUGGGUAGAACAGAAAUUAAGUGUAUACUGUGAAUUUUCAUGAAAAAUUUUAUGAAUAUAGUGAGAUAACUGUAAGACAUGUUGCAGGGAAGAAAGAAAGUGGAAGCCUUAUUACUGAAACUUGUAAAUUAAAUUAAAUUUUUCAUAUGAACUUUGAAUGUGCUCUUCCCGCAGUACAGAAAAUCUGAAUUGAUUGUUAAAAAUAAUAACACAAACUAUCAAAUUUGUAAUCAACCCAGUAAAACAAGUGUCACCAGCAAUAGCACUGAAUAUCAAAAUAUGCCUUCAGCCAUAGCCAGCCUCUUUUCAAUGCAACCCUAAGGUAGAAAAAAGUUUCAGCUGUGUAUGAAAGGCCUGAUGUGAUUGCAGUAAUAGAAAGGCUUUUAUGGAAGUGAGAACACUGGAAGAGUGUAUGUUAUUGUCUGAAAUGUUCAUGUUCCAGCCGUACUAGAUGAAUUACUAUUUCAUUACUUAAUAAGCCAGUGUAGAAUAUUCUUAUGUUCAGUCAGUGGUCAACAGCUAAAGUUCCAGAUGCAUAUUAUGUAAUAUUAAAUUGGAAUAAGGAAAGUGGGAAUGUAAGACCAGCAGUUACUGCAAACUGAGCCAUUGAAUUUUUGUUAAUUGUUCUGUGGGCUUCAUAGUUUUGAUCACUACAAAAUAAGUAAUGUUACUGAGACACAUACAAGAAGUAAUAUUUUGCUAUGUUUCCUUCAAUGGAGUUGAGUUACAUGGCUCAGAGAAAGAAGGUGUAUAAGUUUAAGAGAAAGCAACAAAUUUAUUACAAUAUUUUGUAAAUAAACAUUCUUUACAUUAUUAAAACCUUUACUUCAGA